GGCACAGGUGGGUGCACUGCUGGGCACAGGUGGGCGCACUGCUGGGCACAGGUGGGCGCACUGCUGGGCGGAACUUGUGUGUGGCACUGCUGGGCACCGAUCAUCAGGGCACUGAUGAUCAGUGACCCUGAUGAUCGGUCCCGAUCCCCGCUCUGACAACUGCCAGUUUUCGGCACGUGAGGAAAGUGCAGCCAAGAACCGGCAUUUGCAUUUCCCGGUGAUCAGCGUGUCAUUGGACACGGCUGAUCACGUGGUAAAAGGCCGCUGUGAUUGGCCUUUUACCACAUCACGUGAUCAGCAGUGUCCGUAGGACACAGCGAUCACGGAGAU